CAAAUUACCCAACCUUUCUUCCCUCGGUACUCUUGUGCAACAUUGCAGAGUCGAAAUAGGCGAGAAGGAAGGAGGACGAUAGAAACCCAAAACAUAAAAACCAACAUUGUUGCUGGCAUUUUGAAUAACAAUUGAACUCAGAGAUUCUACAAAUUGGGGCCUAAUCCAGGUGACGGAUUUUUUCAUUGUUACCGAAUUGUAGGCAACAGUUUACAAUUCAACAUCAAGUUAGUCUCAGUCUCUCAGAAGUUUACAGCUUAACAAUACGCCAUAAAUCAUAUCAGUCAUGUCAGAGGCAGACUUGGAGAACAUGCUGUUGGAGGCAGCGGGACGAACAGGUGCACCCAGGAGAAACAAACAAGCACAUCCACCUUCCAAAAGGCGACACAAGGGUUCAUAUUCUGAUGAUGGAAGUGAUUCCAAGGAUGAUGAGUCAGAUGAUAACCAUGGACAUGCUAGUAAAAAGAUGUCUGGAUCUCAGGUUCCUUUGAAGAAGAGAUCAAAGAAUAGAAAUGAUGAUCUCGGAAGUGAUGAUGAUAUGGAUAACAAAGGUGGAGGAUCUGAUCAUGAAGUUUAUAGCAGUGAUGACUCUGACGUUGGUAGUGACCUUUACAUAGAUGAAAAUGAUAGAGCAGCACUUUCAAAGUUGACAGAACUUGAGAGGGAGAUGAUCUUAUCUGACAGGGCUGCAAAAAAGGACGAUAGGAAAUUGCACAAACAGAUGCGAUCUAGAUUGAUCAGUGAUAAAAAGUCUCAUUCCGCAAAAGAUAUCUCACCUCCUGCUUCUUCUCGUGGUGUGCGUUCUUCCAUCAGAUAUGCUGAUCGUUCAGCAGCCAAGGCUGAUGCUUUGAAGGAGUUGAAAGCGAGACGGAUGAAGCGUGAUCCGGAAGGGAAGCAGAGGAUGAGUCAUGAACGUCGUACUUCCAGAGAAUAUUCUCCGAAGAAGAGGAAAGGCAGUGGUGCUUUUAGCUCGGCUAGUUCCAGUGACAGUGAAAAUGGAAGUGAUUCUCACAGCGAUGAUGAAGGGUCGACAAGAGGUGGUGGAAUGGACUAUAGUGAUGAAGACAGAGACAGUACUGUCUCCAAUACUCCGACAUAUGAACAGAUAACGGACAUUACAAUUAGUAGGUCAAAACUGGGAAAGUGGUUCAUGGAACCAUUUUUCGAGGAGUUGAUCGUUGGUUGCUUCGUUAGGGUUGGUAUUGGGAUGAAAGAUAGUCGAAACAUUUACAGAUUAUGCAUGGUUCAAAACAUUGAUGCAUCUGAUCCAAAUAAAAAAUAUGUUCUUGAGAAAAAGACCACCCAUAAGUAUCUAAAUUGUGUUUGGGGCAGUGAUCGUUCUGCUGCAAGGUGGCAGAUGGCUAGAGUUUCAGACUCACCACCUACUUUGGAAGAGUUUAAUGAAUGGAGGAGAGAGGUGGACCGCACUAGUGGCCGUAUGCCACGCAGUAAAGAAGUUUUGGAGAAGCAGGAGGCUAUUGAUAAAAUAAAUAAUUUUGUAUACUCAGCUGAGACAGUGAAACAAAUGUUGCAUGAAAAGAAAUCAGUCUCAGCCAGGCCGAUGAACAUUGCAGCUGAGAAGGAAAAACUGAGGAGAGAAUUGGAAGUUGCUGAGUACAAAGAGGAAGCAGAUGAGGUUGAAAGAAUUAAAGCCAGAAUUCAUGAACUUGACAAAGCCAGACAAAGCAAAGAGACGGAUAAAAAGGCUCUUAAGCUUUCAGAAAUGAACAAGAAGAAUCGAGCUGAGAACUUCCGAGUUUCAUCCUCGAGAACAGCAGACCGGAGUUUAAAUCCCGGAGACGCUGGAUAUGACCCUUUUUCGAGGAGAUGGACUAGAUCUACCAACUAUUAUGCGAAGCAGAAAGCUACUCCUGCAACAAUUGCAACAACAGCUGAAGGAGGAGUUAAUGAUAAUGAUAAUGGCACAGAAAACAGUGAGAAGAGCAAGAAAAGUGAUGAUAAGGCUACGGCAACAAAUGCUGGUUUGACUGCUACAACCGCAGCUUUGGUGGCUGCUGCUGGAGCAGGAAAAUUGGUGGAUACCAGAGCACCAGUGGACCAGGUAACGGAGUCAAACACGCUGCAUAAUUUUAAGCUACCCAUUUCCCUAGCUUUGUUAGAGAGUUUUGGGGGAGCAUAUGGGGCAUCAGCUGGAUUUCUGGCCAGAAAACAAAAGAUUGAGGCUAAUAUAGGCUGUCAAGUUCCAGUGGACGAUGGAAGACCACAUGUAUUGACUCUUUCAGUGGGUGACUAUAAGAGGAGGAGAGGUUUGCUCUGACAAGUUGGAAAUGUUUCUUUUUUGUUCUGCUGUAGUUCAGAUUCAGCCGCCUAUUAGGUUUUAAUGUUUUAUGCAGGUUAUAGGUAGUGCAUUAGGUAGUUUCUACUUUCUAAGGUCUUAGUUGUUCGAAGUUUUUAGGUUUUAAUUGUAUGAAAUUCUCCUGGAUUUUUCACAAGAUGCAGGUCUGAGAAUUAGUUUCUUCUGUUCGAUCGAUGAAAUCCAGUCUUGGUUUAGUACUA